GUCAAAUUUGUUAGUAACAUGUGAGGUUAUAAAAUUGUGUUCCGGUAAAAAUUCAAAUUCGAGAAGAAAAAAUUCUCAAUGUUACCUCUAACGCAAUAUAAAACGUUGUUGUUUGACGGUCGUUUACCAAAAACGUACCGCUACGUGAGCAAAUACCUAAACAAAGAUAGGUUAUCAAAAAAUGUGCGGCAAAAAUUUUUGGAUUAUUACAUAAAUGAUAACAGCCACAAUUUCGUACGAUCUAGCCCCGUGGUACCGUUUUGUGAUCCUACUGUGGCUUUUGUGAACGCUGGCAUGAAUCAAUUUAAAGGUAUUUUACUUGGACAACAAAUACCUAUACAUAAAAAAGUGGCCAAUAGUCAGAAAUGUGUGAGAGUUGGGGGCAAACACAAUGAUUUAAAUAUUGUUGGAACAGAUGGAUACCAUCAUACAUUUUUUGAAAUGCUGGGUAGUUGGUCUUUUGGGGCUUAUUAUAAGAAAAAAGCAUGUGAAUUAGCUUGGAAAUUAUUGACUGACAUUUUCAAAAUUAAUAAGAAUAUGCUUUAUGUCACUUAUUUUAAAGGUAAUCCUCGUUUACAUUUAGAACCUGAUUUGGAAUGUAAAGAAAUUUGGAAAUCUUUAGGUAUACCAGAAGAUCGAAUAUUACCAUUUGGUAUGGAUGAUAAUUUUUGGGAAAUGGGAGCUAUUGGACCUUGUGGUCCAUGUACCGAGAUUCAUGUAGAUAUGAGAGGACCUACAAAUAGAGCAAAAUUUGUUAAUAAAGGUUUACAUGAUCUACAAGAAAUUUGGAACAUUGUGUUUAUAGAAUAUAAAAGAAAUGAAAAUGGUGUGAUAGAAAAGCUACCAUUAGCACACAUUGAUACUGGGAUGGGUUUUGAGCGACUUUGUGCAAUUUUACAAGGAAAAACUAGCAAUUAUGAUACUGAUUUAUUUGCACCGAUUUUUAAUGUAAUCCCAAAGAUAUGUAAAGACAUUCCAUCAUAUAAUAGUGUUUUUGGAGAAAAAGAUUGGAAUAAUUUACAUACAAAUUACCGAAUUUUAGCAGAUCAUACUCGCAUGUUAACUGUGUGUUUGUCGGAUGGAAUGAUCCCAGAAGCUAACCAGAAAUUGCGAAGAAUUAUGCGCAAAGCUUUCUACAUAAGCGAUUCCGUUUUUAAACAAGAAUACGGAUUAGUUAAAGAAUUAUCGAAUUUUGUCGUCGAAAUAUUAGGCGGUGCUUAUCCCGAAUUAGAAAGAAAUAUUAGUUACGUACAUCAAAUAUUAGAUUACGAAGAGAAUCUUUAUCGGUAUUUAAGAUCGUCCUCGACGUCAGAAUGGAAAAUAAUAUUGGAAAGUGAACCGAAUUUAAAUGAAUUGGACAUUUUGGAAAUGCCGGGUCUUUUGGGCGCUUACAAAAACAUUCGGGGGUGCAACUUACAAGAAAUAACCCCAGAAUACGGAUAUAAACUUUAUGAUACAUUUGGGUUAGAUGAAGAUUCUAUAAUUAAAUUAGCAAUCGGGUUGCAAUUACCUAUAGAUGUAGAUAGAUUUAAAAUAGCUUUAGAAACGUCCAAACAAAAAACGAACCAACAAAACCCCGAUUCAAGAACAAAUAAUCUUUUAGAAAAACUUGAAAAACUCCAAGCAACCCCGACCGAUGAUAAAUUCAAAUAUCGUUAUGGAAAAAUCGAUCAAAAUUACAUUUUCCACGGUAUUGAAGCAAAAAUUUUAUUUAUUAUAAAAGACGGCGUUUUAACCAAUGAUAUUUCCCCAAACCAAGACUGCACGCUCAUUUUCGAUCGAACGACUCUUUACUGUGAAAGUGGUGGCCAAUUGAGCGACUCGGGUUACGCUAUUUACAAAGACGGUGUUUUUGAAAUUAACGAGUUAGAAAAUAUAAACGGAAUCAUUCUUCAUAAAGGCAAAUUCAAAGGGACACAAAAUCUUUCAGUCGGCGAAUUUUUAAAACUCAACGUCGACGAGGAUAAGCGAUUAAAACAUAUGAGAAACCAUACCGCAACGCAUUUAUUGAAUUCCGUUUUGAAAAAAGUAAAAGGGGCGACAUGUCAGAAGUCAAGUAAAGUUUCAGAGAAAUGUUUAAGUUUUGACGUGGGUGUUUUUGGUGAUAAAAUAUCUGCUGUCGACAUUAAAAACGUUGAAAAGAUAAUUGGUGAUGUUAUACGUGAAGGUGUUCCUGUUAAAACUAGUGAGGUUGACAGCUUAGAGUUAUUAACGCAUGAUAAUAUUACUAUGGUUCCUGGGGAAGUUUAUCCUGAAGCUGGAAUUAGAUUGGUUGAGAUUGAUGGAAGUAAUAUUACUUCAAGAGAACCUUGUUGCGGUACACACGUUUUAAACACAUCAGACAUAAUCGAUUUUUGCGUAACAGGCUGUAAAUCUCUUGGUAGGAGUACAGCAUCCAUUCAAGCUGUAACCGGUUACCGAGCCAAAAUCGUCCGCGAAAAUGGCGUUCAAAUUGUCGACGAUAUAAACACUUUAAAGAAAAACAUAAAUAACAAUAGCGACAAGCCGGAAUUAUUUAAUAAUAAAUUGGCUCAUUUAAAAAGUCUUUUAAACGUUCAUCCAAUGGAUGAGGAUGCAAUUCCGUUUAUAAUUAAAUUGUAUGGAUUAGAGGAGUUGGAGAAUUUGAAUAAAAGAGUUAAAUCUGCCACAAAGGAUGCAUUAAAGGAAAUCGUCGAAAUGGAAAUGAAAAACGCUUUAGAAUUAAAUUUAAUGAAAUCGAAAUCCGAUAAACAUUUCAUCGUUCAUUAUUUACGAUCGUCGACGAUGUUAGAAUCAAUUCCUUUGCAAAAAGCUACUAAAAUCUGCUCAAACACGCCAGUAUUGGUUAUUUCAUAUACAGAUAGCACCGUUAAAGCUAGAUGCUGUGUUCCAGAAACCUUCCAAUCUCAAGUUUUUAAUGCUCAAACAUGGUUGAGUACUGUAAGCAUGGUUUUUAAGAGUGUUGCUCAACCGCCCAAAGGACAAGACCCAAGAAAUGUGUGCAAUAUGAAACCCAAGCAUGUUAAUAUCCGCGAAUGGGAUACUUUGCUUAAAGAAGGAAUAAAUGUUGCGACCUCGUUUGCUGAAGCCAAGCUUUAAAAAAGAAUAUUAUGUGAAAUUUAUUUGUCAUUAUUGCUUCGUUUGUACAUUUUUAUGACUUUUGUUGAAAUGUUUGAGUAUAUUUACUUAUAAAAAUAUGCAUUUUCACAUUAUAUAUGCAAUUUAUAUGUUUAA